CCCUGUCCAACUAACAAGUGCAAACUUCGCAAUUGUGAUAUCAAUAAAAAGAAUAUUGCAGCCUAAGUGGAAGAAACUUCCUAAACACCAAAAUUUUCUCAUCAUUCUCAAAACCAACGCUCAAGCCUUCCAUUACUCGCUCUGUAACUUUCCAUGGGAGACGACGGAAUAUUGGAGAAGGCUCUCAGCAGCCUCGGAAAAGGAUUCGAUUUCACUUCAGAUUUCAGGCUCAAGUACUGCAAAGGCGAACACAGACUCGUCCUGCUCAACGAAUCGCAGAGAAGAGAUUUGAUCGUACCUGGUUUCCGCGCAGUUAAAGACGUCUCCGUCGACAUUAAAUGCGACAGAGGAGAUCGAACUCGGUACCAAUCCGAUAUCCUCAAUUUCAAUCAGAUGUCGGAGCUUUUCAACCGGAAGUGCUCGAUUCCGGGGAAGAUUCCGUCGGGAUCGUUCAAUGCGAUGUUCGGAUUUCAGAGCGGGUGCUGGGCGAGCGAUGCGGUGAAUACAAAAUACCUAGGCCUCGACGGCUACUUCAUCAGCCUCUUCAACGCUCACAUUGAUCGCUAUCCGCUCCGCCUCUCCGACGCCGUCCGCUCCGCCGUCCCCUCCGCUUGGGAUCCCCCUGCCAUCGCCAGGUUCAUAGAGAAGUACGGAACUCAUAUAAUCGUGGGGCUAAGCAUAGGUGGGCACGACGUGGUUCUGGUAAGGCAAGAUAAGUCCUCUCCUUUGGAACCCUCGGAGCUUAAAAGCCACUUGGAAGAGCUGGGAGAUCAGCUUUUCACCGGCGCCUGCACUUUCAAUCCCAAAGACCAUCACAAAAUUAAGGCACCACAGGCCUUCAACUUGUUUGACCCCCAACUUGUGGCUUUUGGCAGCUCCUCCACUGUCAGUGCAAAAGACGGAAUAAUAGUGAUUACUUCAAAGAGAGGAGGGAGUGCAGCAGCAAGUAGCCAUUGCGAAUGGCUCCCGACAGUGCACGACUCGCCCGAUGCGAUUCAUUUCCAGUUCAUUCCCAUCGUCUCUCUUCUCGAAGGCGUUCCUGGAAAAGGCUUCCUUUCCCAUGCAAUUAACCUAUACCUCCGAUACAAGCCUCCUAUAGCAGAUUUGCAAUACUUUUUGGACUUCCAAGUGCACAAGAUUUGGGCACCCAUUCACAAUGACCUUCCUUUGGGACCAACUCCCAACAUUACCAACUCUCCUUCUCUCCAACUCAACUUGAUGGGUCCUAAGUUGUAUGUAAAUACUACUAAGGUUACAGCUGAGAACAAACCGGUGACAGGGAUGAGAUUGUACCUAGAGGGCAUCAAAUCAAACAGGUUGGCCAUUCACAUCCAACAUCUUGUAACAACUCCUCUGCUCCUCCGAAACAACAUUUGUGAACAAAUUCCGCCACACCGGCGAGGUUCCGAAGACACCGCCGACGACCGCUACGUCGAACCUCUCAAUCGGAACAAAUUCUCCUAUGUCUCCACAGCUCCGGUCAAAUACGAUCCCACCUGGGCCGCCGGCGACUCCCCGGCAACCUUCAUAGUGACCGGAGCACAGCUCCACGUCACAAAACAAGACUCAAAAAACGUCCUCCAUCUCCGCCUCAUCUACUCCAAGGUCUCAAACUCCUACCUCGUCCAGACCAACUGGGCCCGCCACUCCUCCGACAUCUCCCCCAAGUCCGGCAUCUUCUCCGCCAUAAGCACCUCCAUCUCCGGCGCCAUCGCCCUCUCCAAGGAGAAGCCGGAGGCCCCCAUGAUUGUGGAUUCCGGCGUGUUCCACGGUGGCCCGCCAGUGCCACUGCAGGAGCAGAAACUGGUGAAGUUCGUCGACGUGUCGGAAAUGCGGAAAGGGCCACAGGACAGCCCCGGGCAUUGGGUGGUGAUCGGAGCAAGGCUGAAUCUGGAGAAAGGGAAGGUCUCUUUGCACGUUAAGUUCGGUUUACUACAUGUCGUUUCACAGACUACUAAUGAGUCAUGACCACUGAUUUUGAGAAGCUUGAUCCUCUCGCACCCAAAUCAAACUCAAAUCAAACUUUUAAAUUUGUGUCUAAUAGAUACAAAAUUAAAAGUGACAAAGGUCUACUCUUUAAUUUUUUUUUCUUUUAAUUUUUUGAGAUUAUAAAAGCUAGUCUUGAAUAUGUAAUUAGUAUAAUGUAAUUAGAUUCAUAGAAAGGUUUCUUUGUUAGAGACCUGUGUUUAUAGAGAGCAGUCAAUUUUUUUUUUCUUAUUUAUAUGUCAGAUGUAUUGUAUAUGAGAACAUGAUGUCCAUCAAUCAGUAAAUUCGAUAUUGAGGUCAGUUCAUUGUGUCCUGUCAUAUAUUGUCUUCGUUUAUCUUAUUUUUGAUUUCAGAUUUUUAAUUAAGAUUUUAUCAUUCCAAUUCUGGGUAAGUAAACGAAGGGUCAAGAAUUUAAAAACAGUAAUCCGGGUUAUAUGUUCAACCUCAGUCCCAGUACAGAUACAAAUGACCUGAAAUUCUGGAUCUCAAGCUUGUUUUAGGGAAAGAAUGUUUGAAUUCACUGAUUAAGUAUGAACUCAGCCAGCCAAAUUUGUGUUCAAAGAUUAAUUGGUGAAGAAUUUCUCCCUUAUGAUCUAAAUAAGUUUUCCCGAAACACACCCUGGAAAACUCAAGAAAUGAUCUCUAU